UGGUCCGGACUUUGUCACUGACUUGCUGGGUAUCCUUUGGCCCCUCUCCUGGUUCAAUAUUUUUGUGGGUAAAAUGAAGGGUGGACAAGCUCUCUUAAGGCUCCUUUCAGUUCUUCUGAAUUUUAUUGCACGUGCAUUAUGUCCUUUAAGCCUCAUAGCCUUGGGGGUUAGAUAUCGUUUGCCUUAUUAUAAGGAAGACAUUGAGUCCCAGCGCGAGAAGUUGCUCAAGAUUACACUACACAGCUAACUUUAGGAGGAUUCAGAAUUUGAGACGAGAACAUUAUGCUGUAGUGAGCAGGUGUAUCCUGUACCUUACCUGAUUGGGGUCUGAGUCCAGUUCUUCCAUCUUCAACUUAAUCAGACAAACAUUAUGGAAGCUCCUCCAGUCACCAUGAUGCCCGUCACUGGGGGCACCAUUAACAUGAUGGAGUACCUAUUGCAAGGAAGUGUUUUAGAUCACAGCUUGGAAAGCCUCAUCCACCGUCUUCGCGGUUUGUGUGACAACAUGGAACCCGAGACUUUCCUUGACCAUGAGAUGGUUUUCCUCCUUAAGGGCCAGCAGGCCAGCCCGUUUGUUCUAAGGGCCCGGCGCUCAAUGGAUCAGGCAGGGGCACCCUGGCACUUGCGCUACCUCGGACAGCCAGAAAUGGGAGACAAGAACCGCCAUGCCCUGGUGCGAAACUGUGUGGACAUUGCCACAUCUGAGAACCUCACUGACUUCCUGAUGGAAAUGGGUUUCCGCAUGGACCAUGAGUUCGUCGCCAAGGGACACCUGUUCCGAAAGGGCAUCAUGAAGAUUAUGGUGUACAAGAUUUUCCGCCUCCUGGUGCCAGGGAACACAGAUAGCACUGAGGCCUUGUCACUCUCCUAUCUUGUGGAACUGAGUGUUGUUGCACCAGCUGGGCAGGACAUGGUCUCGGAUGACAUGAGGAACUUUGCCGAGCAGCUGAAGCCUCUAGUUCACCUAGAGAAAAUAGACCCCAAAAGGCUCAUGUGACUAAGGGGGACUGUCCAUCAUUGCGGCCUGUCCUCACCUUUUACAGAAAAGGUAUUAUAAAUGUCUUACUUCACCACUGCCAGCCAGGCAUCCUUUCCCCCAGGAAGGAGGGCGGUGAGGACUGUUGGUUCACUGCACAUUUUCCUCAUGUGAUAGUUUCCCUUUUGUGACAGCCUGUCUGCAUGAAAGGCUCGGGAAUACAUUGAGACUCUAUCUAGUCCCUUCCACAUAAAGGGGGGACACUGGAAUAAAUUCACUUUUGGACAGAAAAAUCUUAAUUGUUUGGCCAUUUGGGUAUAAAGGUUUGUAAUGUAGAAGCUGUGAGCUUGUGUGGUAAUAAAGUCUAUGAAGAGAAAUGCUUGCAUAAUUCUGUAUUUCUUUACUCUGCCAUCCUACUAAUUUGGGGUGGAUUCAUUACCAGUUAGAGCAAGAAAAUGACAGGUCCUACUUUAAUUUUGAUAGAGAUGGUAGUUUCUGCCUUUCAUAAAAGCAUGUUUGUUAAAAAAUUUUAAAUACAGACAAAAAUA